AUGUCGUCUAAUAACUCCGACGACGAUCAAGAACAACCACAAGGAGGGAAGCAGAAUGACGAUCAAGACGAGCCGGUCAAGAGAAACCAAUUCGAUUUGACUAAGUAUGAACCUAAUGAAACUACUAUUGACUUGACUCACUCAAGAGCUGAUCAUAUCCCGGACUUCACUGGAUUUGAACAGUUAAAGGAAGCUUAUCUGAGAAAUAACUUGAUUACUGUUAUACCCAACAAUCGUUUCAAUCACACUUUAACUGAGCUUGACUUGUAUGAGAAUCAAAUCGAGAAAAUCGAAAAUCUGGAAAGUCUUGUUAAUCUAGAGAAGUUGGAUUUAACCUACAAUAGAAUAAGAAAAAUCGAAGGCUUGGACAAGUUGACGAAGCUAACUGAGCUUUACUUGGUCCACAACAAACUUACUGAAAUCCAGGGUCUUGAAAACUUGACCGAGCUAAAGCUGAUAGAGUUAGGAGACAACAGACUGAAGAAGAUUGAAAACAUCUCUCAUCUGGUAAAAUUGAAAGAACUCUACUUAGGUAAGAACAAGAUUCGCAAAAUUGAAGGACUUGAGACUCUUACAAACCUCGUUACACUUAGCAUUCCCGGUAAUCGUCUAGUUAAAAUCGAAAAUGUAGAGAAUCUCGUUAAUGUCGAGGAAAUCUAUCUCAGUGACCAAGGUAUCCAAGAAAUCACAGGGUUAUCAACUAUGUCCAAAAUGCGGAUAAUAGAUAUUUCCAUGAAUGAGAUCACAAGCUUGAAAGGCAUCGAGAACAACAAGUCCAUCACAGAUAUUUGGGCCAACAACAAUCGCGUCGCUGAUUGGAAGGAGGUUGAACCUCUCAAGGAUCUACCGGAGUUGGAUACAAUUUACUUGGAGCACAAUCCAAUCUAUACUAACGAUCUUAAUGGAUACAGAAGGAAAAUGAUUUUGACUCUCCCUCAAGUGAAGCAGAUCGAUGCCACCUUGUGUAGAUAA